AUGGAAAACCAGGAAAGGCAAUACUUUGCCAGGCCGCAGCCCCAAAAUUACAUUCAGCAAGCCCCUGAUGGAAGAUUUCAGUAUGCUCCUCUAGGACCUCUUCCAAAUCUACCAGUUCCUAUUCAACCAAUGCAGCAAAUGCAAUUCGCCCCAAUUUCAGCUCCAGUAAUGAACCCAGAACUCUAUGAAACUAAGAAACUACGUGACAAAUGGGCUAAAUGGGUGAAAGUCGCAUCAUACUUGAUGCUUAUUGUAGGGAUAUUGGAUAUUUCUGUAGGAUUGUACUCAUAUGCUAGCCAAGACGAACAUUAUGAAUCACACCAAUAUCAAAUCAAAAUUUCAACUUGCGAUAUAGCCUAUGAAUCGAUAUAGAUCGGUCUAGGCUGGAGAAUGCUCAGCAGCUUCCCGAGUUAGUUUUCCAACAAAGUUGACGAAUCAAAUUGGGGAGUUGAAAAUAGAGGAAUUUGUCAACUUCGGGAGUUGCUUUUUUAAUUUUGUCGGAAAACAACUCAGGAGUUUUUUAGGCAUUCUCUCAUCCCAUGCCAAUCUAUAUUGGUGCCUGGGCUAUAUUAUGCCAUAAAAUACUAGUUUAUUUCCAUAAUUCAUAUAGAAAAAAAGUAAGUGGCUUAUAUUUUAUAGUAAAUAUUAGAUAAUAGCGCACUGCUAAAAUAUCUAAUAACGUCAAAAUAAACUAAAUAAAGAUAUCGUUAAAGUAAUUGCCGAUACAGCCUUAAUAGGCGCAUCAAUGCUUGGCUUGAAAGCUAGCAGGAAAAAAGACUCUGUAUCAGCAAGGAAAUACUUAAGAGCCUUGAUGUUCCUUGCGAUUUUCUUAAUUGUUGCUAAUCUAGUUUAUGGCUUUAUUCUUGUCAAUGAAGUUAAAGGCGCAAAAGACAAUAAUUGGGAACCAGACUAUUAUGAGGGUAACGAUGAGCCUUAUGAUGAAAAUAACUCGUCAGAUCCAUAUGAGCCAUCAAGCAAUGAAAAUUCUAAUGAGGAAAAUUUUGAAAACAAAAUCCAAGAAAGCCAUAUUCCACCUCCAAGCCAUGAAGGAGAAGAAGGCUCAGUACCUCCGCAUGAAGCUGAAAAUUUCCCAUCUCCUCCAGAAGAUCCUCAAAAAGAUGCUCAUCGACCACCUUGCCAUAAGCAUCCUCAGAAUUCUAAUGAAAACGAUGAAAAUCUACCUAAUGGAGAAGAGCAUAGGGAGCAUGGAAAUAGACAUCAUCAAGAUGAAGAAAAAGAAAAAGAUCAUAAGAAAAAGCACCAUCACGAUGAAGAAGUUGGUGAUGAAGGCCAUAAGAAAAAGCAUCAUCAAAAUGAAGAUAAUGGCGAAGAGGAAAGAGAGCAUGACCACCAUAGAAAAAAAGAUCAUAAAGAAAAACAUCACAGUGAGCAAAAUGAUGAAGUAGAUGGAAAUGCUAAUCAUGAAAAAGAAGAAGAGCAUGAAAGAAGCCACCACAAUAGAGAAGAAGGAAAAAAUCACCAUAAAGGAGGUUGCCAUAAAGGUGAUAAAGAAAAAGGAAAACACCAUCAAGGAGAAGAAACCUCAGAGUCUGAAUCUAGCCAAGGAGAAGAGCAUGCUGAAAAUCAUGAAACAGAAGAAUCAGAAGAUUAUAAUGAUGGAGAAGAGCAUAAUGGUGAACAUUACUCAUUUGAGUCUAUGAUUGUUGCAUGCACGAUCAUAAAUAUUAUUUGCACACUAGGACUUUGUGGAUGUUAUAUUGGCUGUGCUAAGAAACUUUAUAAGAAUUCGAAGAAAUUUGAGGUGUUAGCAUCUCAAAAUGCCCCUGCUCCUCAGAACUUUAUUCAGCCUAUUAUGAGCCAGCCUGUGCUGAAUCAGCCAAUUGGAGUUCAGAUGCGCCAAUUCAACGCAGCUCCUAUGGGUUCGAUGCAAUAUCCUUCCUUUGCACCUGUUGGAUCUGUAGUGAAUCCAAACUAA